GACGGCGCGGAGGCGGCGGUCGAGCACCUGCGCAAGGUGAUCCCACAGGGGAAAACCGUCUACGCUGGGGACCUGGAUGUCAUGACGGAACACAACGAGCGGGUGUCCAACGACAACUCGUUCAAGGACAAGAUGUCCCGCAAGGAGGAGGGCGUGGCAUCUCAGCGACAGGCGAUUGAGAUGGCCACCACCGUCGCGGCCCUGGCGUCCUCGAAGCGCAAACGCAGCCGAAAGGCUCUCGCGCGCACGGUCCAGAUCGCCACCGACGUGAGCACCUCCGGCCUGAAGGCGGGCGCGGCGGACUUACACUAUGGGCUCCCACUUGCUGACCUCCGCCGUGCGUGGGCGCUGGAGCGGGGCCGGCUCACUAUGGAGCUGCACGGCCCCGAGGCGUUGCCUUCGCACGUGCGGUGUGCUCAUCAUUUCUGGGCCAAAGUUGGCAUCUGCAAAGAUCUUCUGGCAACCGGCAGCGUAUCUUUCUUGCUCUGGAUGGACACGGACGCCGCGCCUAACCCGAUCGUAGAUGCAUCCUCCGACCACGGCUCGGCCGCGAAGGCUCUGCUCAACGAGUGGUGGACGCAGCGGCGGCCGUCGACCUGGAAACCCCGGGGCCGCCAGGGCAGCGGCCCUGGGUACGAGCAAACCGUUUUCGAUGAGCUCUUCGCGCCCAGAAAGUCGGCCACCUUGGCGUCACAAGAGGUGUUCUGUGAGCAGCAGAAGCUCAACGCGGUCACUCCAUUCAUGCAUUUUUACGGACGGGCGCAAUGGAUCGGGAAGUCGCAGAUCUCUAAAUGGAGUUUCAAGGUGGUACUGGUUGCUGCCGUGCGGGCGCUGCUUCUGGUAGCUGUUGUCUUCGUCGUCCUGGUGCUGUUGCUGGUCGCGGACCCGAAUUUUGACGCCUUGAUCGGGGUCGCGCUGCGCGACAUGACGGGCGACCUGCAGAGCCUGCCCGUCCUGGCCCAGGCGGUCGCAAAAGUGUUCUAUCGGCAGGCGCAGGAAGAUGCCCACGAAUUUCUGAUGGAGCUUCUGGACCCCAACCGCGCCAAGAGGGUAGCCGUACCUUUUUGCUACGUAAACACUGAAUCUAUUCAUUGCAGGGGCGCGAAUUGCGACGGAGAGAUCGGCGUUAAAGAAAUGCGGCCCCGGACAUGCGUGGAGGCCCCAGUGCUGACGGGCGAGGGUUCGCGGAUCACCACUACGCAGGACGCGCUAGACGAAGCCUAUCGAGCGCGGGCAGUCGCUGGCGUCGGCGGGCGGGGCUCGACGAACGCGGGCGGGGCGGGGACAGGCCGCGCUCCGCCGAUCGCCGCGCACCCGGACUUCGCAGGGAAGGUCGCGCGGACACGGCGGAAGGAUAAGACUGGAGGCGGCGGAGCUUUUGCGGGAGUGCCCGGUGACCCGGAAGACCCGCCCAGGCCGUGGGGGGAAGCGUUGGCCGAAGACCGUGCGGUAGAGUUACCGGCCGCGCACUGCGCGUUCCGCGGCUGUCGAUGGUCGGGUGACACAGAAAUGGAGUUGAUCGCGCACGUGGCCGCGGAGCAUGGGGACGUCUUACAGCCCAUCGCGGACACCUACUCCCCGGCGCACGAGGAGAGCGAGAGGAUGCUGGCGGCGCACAGCGAAGUGGUGUCGCAGAGGUGCGCAGGUCCCGCGGCGGCGCGCAAAUCACGGAAGGAGUCGGAAGCGUGGCAGGAGAAGGUGCAGGAGAAGUUCAAGAUUCGGUGCGCCAAGUGUAAGAAUUUCUUGAAGACGGAGGGGGGCGCCGGCAAGAGUGCCGGCAAGAAUGGCGGGAAGGCCUCAGUCCAAACCUUGAGCAUUGCUGAACUGCCUGUCGGCGCGGACACCAUGCUGGCGAAUUUGUCGCCGGCCACCAUCCGCUACACCACCCAGGUCAAGGUGAUCGGGCACUUCCUCGAUUGGUCGAGCAAGAACGGCUCAAUCCUUCGGAAGCUGCUUGUCCGAGACACUGCGAACACCACCAUGGGGUUGAAGACGUUUCGACUGCACCCCGUCAAUUCCGUGGCCGUGGGAACAAUUCUUUCCAUCAAGAAUGUGGACGUCACCGAGUACCAAGGCGGAGUCGGGAUUGUUCCCGACGACCACGCAGAGCAGUUCGUCGACGACUGGUGCGAGGCCUGGUGCUUGGAGGAGGCACAGGCCGAACAGGACGGCUUGUUCACCGUCCUCGUCACCUUGCGGUCGGUGGGAGACCCUGUUCAGAGCGAGAAGGGCAGGUGGGUGAGGACGUUCGAGGCGUCAGAUCCGACGGGGACGAUGAAGUUGAAGCUCUGGGAUGAGCCGCCCGGGGCGACAACCACGAAGGGCCGAGGUGCUUUCUACAGAGCCUGUAUCUGUCCGGAGCGCAAGCCUCUGGCAGCUGCAGGCGACAACCACGACGGGCCGAGGUGCUUUCUACAGAGCCUGUAUCUGUCCGGAGCGCAAGCCUCUGGCAGCUGCAGGAUCCCCCUGAGCGGCCAGGUCGGCAGCACCGAUGUGGCGCCGGUUCGCGAAGGCGCCGCCGCCGCCACGGCGGCACCUCCGGAGCUCCGGGGAGGCGCCUCGGCCGGCGCGUCGGCGCCAGCGCUGGGUACGCCCCAGGGCGUUGCGGGCGCGGCUUCGGCGGCCGGCGAACCCACGGGCUCCGCCGCGGAGAGCGGCGCGGACGCCGAGGAAAAGGCGGGGCAGGCGGGGUGGCAGCUCAUGGCGCGCGGGUUCGAGCUGCGGGCCGGAAUGGCAGUUCACGGCGAGCGAG